AUGGCCCUCGAAGCUCCGUUGAGAACAUCAACCGGGAGUAUAAUAUCUACUUUCUCACCACACAUGGAGAUGUCUAUAUCUUCGUCAGAGUCGUCUACGGCUCCUCAUUCCCAGUUUCGUCCCAUGUCUACUAGCUCUGUAGAGUCCGGUUCCCUCCGACCGUCGUCUGCUCUUGCCCGGCCAUCCUCCGCCAAUCAUUAUCUUAUGAGCCCGAGCGAUAUUGUCGGCCCUUCACCAGUUACGUCUGUCGGAACUGAGGUAACAGAAAUAGACGACGAAGAAUCUGACGAGGUUCGAUCCCAAUCUUCCAUAGCGAACCCUAAUCAGCAGCCUCAGCUGCUUAUGCUCAGGACGAACAUUCCCGAUCACGUACGACAGACAAACGAAGAGGCAGUAUCAGUCAUACACGCCCCAGAAAGCUUUCGGAGUUGGAAAACCGCCGACAACUCACCGAAGUACUCAGAAUCAACAGAAAGGACAUCGCCUAGGUCUCCUAUCUCCUCGAAAACCGAGGAUUCUACGUUCGCGCCUGCUAGUAGACAAGUCCCAAAGUCCAAAACUCCUGGCCUACCAACACCACCCCCUCUAUCGACAGAUGUCAAACCUGUGAGAUAUAGUAUUGACAGUGCAACACCCAGAGCUCAAGAUCUCCAAGAAAUAAUGAGCGAGUCAUCAAGAGUCAGGUCCAGCAGUGCUAGUAGCCUCGAAUUAAUCCCAGAAUCUAAGGAGCCGGAGACAGAUGCUGAACCUGAUCUGGAAGGCUAUGAUGACGAGGAGUACGUCACACGCGUCCAAGAGCAGGACAGCGAGGAUGUAGAGAUCAAGUCUUUAAAAUCGGCCCUGCAAGAGUGUUGGACCUUAUGCAAUACCUUGGCAAGUCUCAGUACUCAUCAUCGGGAAAGAGUAUUCAGCUCAUCAGGAACUCCUGAUGGUCAUGAACGAGCCUGGAAAUGCUGCUGGAAAUUAUGUCAGCGGUUGUACAACAGCCGAGAUGAAGUUGAUGAGUCUUCUAACGUCCGUCAAAACUUAGACUUGUGCCGUGAUUUCUGCCAGGCUCUCUUCGAUAUACGGCAACGCGGGGACGAGGUGUCAGAUUCCGUUUUGCGCGUGAGCUUCGAACUCAAUAACCAUCUAUAUAGCGCGCAGGACAACCGAACUCUUCCGGAGGCAUUCCGAGAGCGAACUUUAGACUUCUACAUCACGCUAUGCCAUCGACUCAUGAAGCAGCGCGGUGAGUUGGGUGAGGAGACGGACUCGCUCCUUUCCGCCUGCUGGUCUCUUGCAGAGAUGCUAUUUAGCUUACGACAAAGCAAGAGGGAUAGAAGGACGCCAGACGGCGAGCUUCUUGGUUCUGCAGUUCAGGCAUGUUGGGAGCUCUGCGACAUAUUUAGGGAAGGAUGGACGCAAAUUCGACCCGAUAGAGGGACACCACGUCCUAGUCCGGCGAACUUUUUCUCAUACAACCGAGAACGGGAGAUAACCGAGAUGGCAGACGGACGAGAGAGCAGGGCGUCGAACCGUUCGAAAACAGGUAGCCUCAAGAACCACUCAUCUCAAGGAGGAAAGGUAAUGCGGAAGCCACCACCUGUACCCGAGACGCCCGUGACCGAAUUCGAAGACACGCCGGUCUCCCCCGAUACUGAAUCGCCGCAGGUGCCGAACAUCUUGGUACUAGGAACGGAAAGCAAUAGGGGCGGAAGGUGGUCUAGCAGUGCCUCAAACUUCUCGAGCUACUCACAAAGUAGCCAAAGAACGUCUAGUACAGCCACAACAGCGACGACGAACGAGGAUCCUAACAUCACACGCAUAAAGGUACUUAUCCUAAAGGCAGCGUUAAAUGUUGGUUUUUCACGAGAGAGCAGCGGGCCGGACGGACACCAUCACAAUAGUGCAGCAUCGCUGCAAGCCUUUGUUAAAUCGUUGCCGAGCGGGUCCUUUGGCUCGUUGCCAAGCCACGCGGCGCUCUUACAAAAUUACAAGAACUUAGUAGUAGGCGAUUCCCCCUUUCGACAGGCUACAGCGUUACCGCCGCGUGGGAAGCGUGUCUCGGCGGCCGACGUAGCCAAGAGCGUGGAGUGGAUGACGCACCGCUCGAGUCAAUACGGGUUUUUACGAGACUUAUUCAAGCUCGUCUUCGGUUUCCAGGCCGAGGAAGCCGAAGGACGUAGGACCAUGAAUAUUGCAGUCUAA